AAUCUAAUUAGAACAUUCCAAAAGCUUCACGUACCUAUACCAAAUUCUUCCAGAACACACCAUGACCGAAAAAUAGUUAAUGACAGUUAACAAAGAUAGAACAAAUAUGCCUCUUCUUCAUCACAGAAUUCCUCUUCCCUUCUUCCCCAACUCUACCAGAAGACUAAUUCCAAUCCACUCAAUGUCCACUUCAUCAUCACAAACAACUCAUCACCAAUCAGACCACCAUUACAAUCAACAACAACAACAAGACGAUGAAGAAGAAAAACAAGCUUCAUUAACCCAAGUCUUGAAAUACCACAAAGAAACAAAGCAUUCAUUCACCAAUUACUCUCGUGGUCCUCGUGGUCUUGAUUGGGCAAAUCAACCCAACCCUUUUCGCCGUUAUGUUUCUUCUCCACUUAUCCCUCUAUUACACCCUUCAUAUUCUGAUGAACCAUCAUCUCCUCUUUACUCAUCACUUUUCAAGAAUCUCCCUUUUCCAAAACCCAUUUCGAUAUCCACAAUUUCUCAGCUUUUUUACGAUUCUUUAGCUUUAUCAGCUUGGAAAUCGACUGGGUUUUCAACUUGGUCCCUUCGUGUUAACCCUAGUAGUGGGAAUCUUCAUCCAACUGAAGCGUAUAUUAUUUGUCCACCUGUUGAAUCAGUGUGUGAUAAAAGUUUUGUGGCUCAUUAUGCUCCAAAAGAGCAUUCUUUGGAAGUUAGAGCUCAAUUCCCAUCUGGGUUUUUCACGAAAUUCUUCCCUGAAGAUUCUUUUCUUAUUGGGCUAUCGUCGAUUUUUUGGAGGGAAGCUUGGAAGUAUGGUGAAAGGGCAUUUAGGUAUUGUAAUCAUGAUGUAGGUCAUGCUAUUGCUGCUGUUUCAAUGGCAGCAGCAGGGCUUGGAUGGGAUGUGAAAGUUCUUGAUGGGUUAGGUUAUGAGGAGUUAGAGAAGUUAACGGGCGUUGAAAAUUAUCCUAAGUUUAAAAUCCCAUCUCGGCCUAUAAAAGGGACAAUGCUUGAGAUUGAGUUUGAACAUCCUGAUUGUGUUCUUUUGGUUUGUCCUAGUGGUUUGAAUGAAUUUAAAGUGGAUUAUAAGGAGUUGAGCUGUGCUAUUUCGGAGUUUUCGGGCUUGGAUUGGAAGGGUAAGCCUAAUGUGCUUAGUAAAGAGCAUAUUUGUUGGGAUAUUAUAUAUAGAACAGCUGAAGCAUCAAAAAAGCCAUUAACAAUGUGUAAUUUAACGGUAGUUGAUCCAUUUCAGAGUAGUGGAACAAUUAGUGAAAGUUCUUAUAAGGAUUUAAGUUUAAGGGAAGUGGUUAGAAAGCGGAGGAGUGCAGUUGAUAUGGAUGGUUAUACCGUAAUGUCCAAAGAAACAUUUUAUCAGAUAUUGUUGCAUUGUAUGCCUUCUGGUUCGCGUGAUGGAGAGAAACAUGUCAGGCAACUGGCAUUGCCAUUUAGGUCACUUGCUUGGGAUAGUGAAGUCCAUGCUGCCAUGUUUGUUCAUAGAGUUGUUGGCUUGCCAAAAGGAUUAUAUUGUUUGGUGAGAAAUGAGAACCAUCUGGAUGAUCUUAAGAAAGCUACUAGAGUUGAGUUCAAAUGGGUGAAACCAGAUGGUUGUCCUGAAGAUCUUCCUCUGUAUGAGUUGGCAAAAGGCGACUGCAGGGAGCUUUCAAAGCGAUUGUCGUGCCAUCAGGACAUUGCUGGUGAUGGCUGCUUCAGCUUGGGUAUGAUUGCACAUUUUGAGCCCACUUUGCGCAAUAAAGGCUCCUGGAUGUAUCCACGGUUAUUUUGGGAGACGGGAGUGCUAGGCCAAGUUUUGUAUCUUGAAUCGCAUGCAGUUGGCAUCUCUGCUACUGGAAUUGGCUGUUUCUUUGACGAUCCUGUACAUGAAGUUCUUGGGCUGAAAGGAUCAAAGUUUCAGAGCCUCUAUCAUUUUACAGUUGGAGGUCCAGUUGUUGACAAGAGGAUAAUGAGUUUGCCCGCAUACCCAGGCCCAAGCUAUGAUGCAUGAUCUGAAGAAUGGUGAAGGUUGUACGACUCAUUAUGUCCAAUUUCACAUACGCUAUUACACGCCGAUUUCCCAUAAACUGGGUUGCAAGAAGGCUUACUGCUCAUAUUUCUUCAGGGAAAAAGGGAGAACAUAAAAAUCACUAAAAACUGAAAGAUAGAAAAAAUGUAUGUCUUGACAUAUUACAUUAUAUAGUUUAGGAACAACAGCUGAAUCUAUGUCCAUAAUGUUAUUUAGUUAUGCUUAUGCCAAUCCCAUCAUUGUACAAAACCAACAUUUUCCUCCUCUCUUUCAAUCGUUGCAGCAUAUCUUCCGAAGUCUGUAUGUUGGCUCUGUAGAUAUUAGUUGUGAGGUGAAAGAUUGAUGGGUGUACAUUUGCUUUCUGUUUUCGAUUCAUAGAUUUAGUGAACAUGUUCAGGCUACUGAUACAAAAUUGUAGUUUCAUAUAUUCAGUCAUUAUCGUUGAUAGUUCAUUAUUUUUUCGCA